AUGAAACCUCAAGAAAGAUUCUCCUCGGAGGGACAAAGAUACUUCGGUCCGAGAGAAAAUCCCUUGACAGAAACCCAUUGCAAUGUCUGGGAUUGGGAUCGACUAAGGAUGGUUAAGGUCAAAGGCACCGCUAAGCUGUUCCCCCCCGACGAGGAUAAGGAGGUCCCGAUUCUGGCGCAAUUUGCGGAUUACUUGUCACCGGAAGCUCGCGCAGUCACGGUCGAUGAUGAUGGACUCCUGAUGCAUGAAGAGAAUGGUCAAUUACACAGAGUGACAGAAUCAGGAGCAGAUCUCCCGGGAUAUGCUGACGUCAGCCAACUGGACCCUGGCCGUCGGUCGCCGGCGGCAGCUUUCGGCCCCAGUUCGGUAGCGAAAACGGUCAGAUCGGGGCUUGAGAUCGCCGACUAG